GGAUAGACUGAGGCUAGUUACCACGUCAGUGAGCUGACAGGGAAGGUAGCCGGCUCCACCACCCGUUCCGGCCGAGUCUUACCGGCCACUGUGCGGCCCCUGACUACAGCCUCAACUUUCAGGAAAAGGGUCACUUCCUUUUUCCCAUCUGCCGUCACAGUCGGGAGAGCCGCUUGGAGACGCCUUCGGGGCCCGGGCUGGACAUGAGCAGCGGCUGCGGGUCCUGGGACUAGGCCCCGCCAUUUUGGAUCCGCUGACAGAUCUAGAGGGAGUUGCCAGUUGAUAUAGUGACUCCUCUUUGGAUCCUCUUGGGAUUUGCCAGGAUGGUGGAUAAGAAUAUUUACAUCAUUCAAGGAGAGAUUAACAUUGUGGUUGGGGCCAUCAAACGAAAUGCCCGAUGGAGCACCCACACUCCAUUGGAUGAAGAACGGGAUCCUUUGCUGCAUAGCUUCAGUCAUCUAAAGGAGGUUUUAAACAAUAUAACAGAACUCUCAGAAGUUGAGCCCAAUGUGUUCCUUCGUCCAUUUCUGGAAGUGAUACGCUCUGAAGAUACCACUGGCCCUAUCACUGGACUGGCGCUCACCUCCGUCAACAAGUUCCUGUCCUAUGCACUCAUAGAUCCCACCCAUGAGGGCACAGCAGAGGGCAUGGAGAACAUGGCAGAUGCUGUCACCCACGCCCGUUUUGUGGGCACGGAUCCUGCCAGCGAUGAGGUUGUCCUGAUGAAAAUCCUUCAGGUGCUGCGGACUCUCUUGCUGACGCCAGUAGGUGCCCACCUGACCAAUGAAUCUGUAUGUGAGAUUAUGCAGUCUUGCUUCCGGAUCUGCUUUGAAAUGAGGCUCAGUGAGUUAUUGAGAAAAUCCGCAGAGCACACUCUCGUAGACAUGGUGCAGCUGCUCUUCACAAGGUUACCUCAGUUUAAAGAAGAACCCAAGAGCUACGUGGGGACCAACAUGAAGAAGAUUUCUCCAUGUCUCCUCAACAAACUGGAGCUAAAUAGUGGGGAGCAGACCAAAGCCCUGAACCAGUUAGAGAGGGUACUACUCUUUAAGAACCUCAAGCUGAAAAUGAGAGCAGGAGGCAUGAGUGAUUCAUCCAAGUGGAAGAAACAGAAGAGAUCCCCCCGUCCCCCACGCCAUGCAACCAAAGUUAUACCAGGUUCAGAGCUGCCCACUUCCAAUGGAACCACCUUAUCCUCUAACCUCACUGGUGGCAUGCCGUUCAUCGAUGUGCCCACUCCCAUCUCCUCUACAAGUUCAGAAGCUGCCUCAACAGUGGUCAGCCCAUCUACAGACAGUGGACUGGAGUUCUCCUCCCAGACUACUUCAAAAGAAGACCUCACUGACCUAGAGCAACCUGGUUCUCCAGGGUACAGCACAGCCACAGAACCUGGCAGCAGUGAGCUAGGGAUUCCUGAGCAGCCUGACUCCCAGCAGGAAGGGGCCCAGGUGGAAAAGACCCCGUCAGCAUCUGUGGAGUCUAUCCCUGAAGUGCUGGAGGAGUGCACAUCCCCAGUUGACCACUCUGAUGCUGCCUCUGUCCAUGACAUGGAUUACGUCAAUCCCCGGGGCGUGCGCUUUACACAGUCCUCCCAGAAAGAAGGCACAGCUCUCGUCCCCUAUGGUCUUCCCUGCAUCCGCGAGCUCUUCCGCUUCCUCAUCUCCCUCACCAAUGCGCAUGACCGCCACAACUCCGAGGUGAUGAUCCACAUGGGACUACAUCUGCUGACAGUGGCUCUCGAGUCAGCCCCCAUAGCCCAGUGCCAAACCCUCCUGGGCCUCAUCAAGGAUGAGAUGUGCCGCCACCUGUUCCAGCUACUCAGCAUAGAGCGACUGAACCUUUAUGCUGCUUCCCUGCGAGUAUGCUUCCUACUGUUUGAGAGCAUGAGGGAACACCUCAAGUUCCAGCUGGAGAUGUACAUCAAAAAGCUCAUGGAGAUCAUCACUGUGGAGAACCCCAAGAUGCCUUAUGAGAUGAAAGAGAUGGCACUGGAGGCCAUUGUGCAGCUCUGGCACAUCCCCAGCUUUGUCACUGAGCUCUAUAUCAACUAUGAUUGUGACUACUACUGUUCCAACCUCUUUGAAGACCUCACCAAGCUGCUGUCCAAGAAUGCCUUUCCUGUGUCUGGUCAGCUCUAUACAACACACCUACUGUCUCUUGAUGCCCUGUUGACAGUGAUUGAUAGUACAGAGGCCCACUGUCAGGCUAAAGUCCUCAACAACCUUAUCCAGCAAGAGAAGAAAGAGGCAGCCAGGCCCAGCUACGAGGCAGUAGAUGGUACCCGAGAAGUCAGCAAUACUGAGAGAACAGCCAGCGAUGGGAAAGCAGCAGGCGCGGCCUCAGACACCCCGGGCCUGCUUCUUCCAGGCUCAGGCGGAGGGCGGCGGCCAGCAGAGCAUGGGAAGCCAGGAGGCGGUGAUCUGGAGGAAGCUGGUGACUCUGGGGCUGACAUGAAGUUUACCCGGAAGCCACCUCGAUUUUCCUGUCUCCUGCCAGAUCCACGGGAACUAAUUCAAAUUAAAAACAAAAAGAAGCUUUUGAUCACUGGCACAGAGCAGUUCAACCAGAAACCAAAGAAAGGGAUCCAGUUUCUACAGGAGAAAGGCCUACUCACCAUCCCAAUGGACAACACAGAGGUAGCCCAGUGGCUUCGAGAAAACCCUCGGUUGGACAAGAAAAUGAUUGGAGAGUUUGUGAGUGACCGCAAAAACAUUGACCUGCUGGAGAGCUUUGUGAGCACCUUCAGCUUUCAGGGUCUUAGACUGGACGAAGCUCUUCGCCUCUAUCUGGAAGCCUUCCGCUUGCCUGGGGAAGCGCCGGUCAUCCAGAGGUUGCUGGAGGCAUUCACAGAGCAUUGGAGGAAUUGUAAUGGCUCCCCAUUUGCCAAUAGUGAUGCCUGCUUUGCCCUGGCCUAUGCUGUUAUCAUGCUUAAUACUGACCAGCACAACCACAAUGUUCGCAAACAGAAUGCGCCCAUGACCCUGGAGGAGUUUCGCAAAAACCUAAAAGGUGUGAAUGGAGGCAAGGACUUUGAACAAGACAUUUUGGAGGAUAUGUACCAUGCCAUCAAGAACGAGGAGAUCGUGAUGCCAGAGGAGCAGACAGGCUUGGUCCGGGAGAACUAUGUGUGGAAUGUACUGCUCCAUCGAGGUGCCACCCCAGAGGGCAUAUUCCUACGUGUGCCUCCUGGCAGCUACGAUCUUGACCUCUUCACCAUGACCUGGGGCCCCACUAUUGCUGCUCUCUCUUAUGUCUUUGACAAAAGCCUUGAGGAGACAAUCAUCCAGAAAGCCAUCUCAGGCUUCAGGAAGUGCGCCAUGAUCUCCGCCCACUAUGGCCUCAGCGAUGUGUUUGACAAUCUCAUCAUCUCUCUGUGCAAAUUCACAGCUCUCAGCAGUGAGUCUAUUGAGAACCUGCCCAGUGUGUUUGGAAGCAACCCUAAAGCUCACAUUGCAGCCAAGACAGUAUUCCAUUUGGCCCAUCGUCAUGGCGACAUCCUCCGAGAGGGCUGGAAGAAUAUCAUGGAGGCCAUGCUGCAGCUCUUCCGAGCCCAGCUGCUGCCGAAGGCUAUGGUGGAGGUUGAAGAUUUCGUGGAUCCAAAUGGCAAGAUCUCUCUACUGCGGGAGGAGAUACCAUCGAACCGAGGAGAGUCGACAGUACUGAGCUUUGUGAGCUGGCUGACACUAAGUGGUACCGAGCAGUCUAGUGUGCGGGGCCCUUCUACUGAGAACCAAGAGGCUAAGAGAGUGGCCUUGGACUGCAUUAAGCAAUGUGACCCAGAAAAGAUGAUCACGGAGAGCAAGUUUCUCCAGCUGGAGUCACUGCAGGAGCUCAUGAAGGCUCUCGUCUCAGUGACACCAGAUGAAGAGACAUAUGAUGAGGAGGAUGCUGCUUUCUGCCUGGAGGUGCUGCUGAGGAUUGUGCUGGAGAACAGGGACCGCGUGGGCUGUGUGUGGCAAACUGUUCGAGACCAUCUCUACCACUUGUGUGUCCAGGCACAAGAUUUCUGCUUUCUUGUGGAUCGGGCGGUGGUGGGGCUAUUGCGCCUGGCCAUUCGGCUACUCCGGAGAGAAGAAAUCAGUGGCCAGGUAUUGCUCUCCCUGCGCAUUUUGCUACUAAUGAAGCCCAGCGUGCUGUCCCGAGUCAGUCACCAGGUAGCCUUUGGGCUCCAUGAACUCCUUAAGACCAACGCAGCCAACAUCCACUCAGGUGAUGACUGGGCCACCAUCUUCACGCUGCUGGAGUGCAUCGGCUCCGGCGUAAAGCCCCCAGCUGCCCUGCAGGCCACAGCCAGGGCGGAUGCACCUGAUGCUGGGGCCCAGUCAGACAGUGAGCUCCCGUCCUACCAUCAAAACGAUGUGAACCUGGACCGAGGGUACACUUCCGACUCGGAGGUUUACACUGACCAUGGCAGGCCUGGCAAGAUCCACCGAUCAGCCACAGACGCUGACAUGGUCAACAGCGGCUGGUUAGUGGUGGGGAAGGACGACAUCGAUAACUCCAGGCCAGGGCCAGCACCCGGGAGUGGGCCCAGCCGGCCAGGCCCUUCACCCCUGGUCAAUCAGUAUAGUCUAACAGUGGGGCUGGACCUGGGACCACACGACACUAAGUCCCUGCUGAAGUGUGUGGAAUCGCUGUCCUUCAUCGUACGUGAUGCUGCCCACAUCACACCCGACAACUUCGAGCUCUGCGUCAAGACUCUCCGCAUCUUUGUGGAGGCCAGUCUCAAUGGCGGGUGCAAGUCCCAAGAGAAACGAGGCAAGAGUCACAAAUAUGACAGCAAAGGGAACCGAUUCAAGAAGAAAUCCAAGGAGGGCUCAGUGCUUCGGCGGCCUCGAACCUCCAGCCAGCAUGCUGCUCGAGGCGGGCAUAGCGACGACGAUGAGGAUGAAGGCGUGCCUGCCAGCUACCACACGGUGUCUUUACAGGUCAGUCAGGACCUGCUAGACCUGAUGCACACCCUGCACACGCGAGCGGCCUCUAUCUACAGCUCAUGGGCAGAGGAGCAGCGCCACCUGGAGACAUGUGGCCGGAAGAUUGAAGCAGAUUCACGCACCCUCUGGGCCCACUGCUGGUGCCCUUUACUUCAGGGUAUUGCCUGCCUGUGCUGUGAUGCCCGGCGCCAGGUGCGAAUGCAGGCGCUGACCUACCUGCAGCGAGCACUACUGGUACAUGAUCUGCAAAAGCUAGAUGCCCUGGAAUGGGAGGCCUGUUUCAACAAGGUGCUGUUUCCUCUACUGACCAAGCUGUUGGAGAACAUCAGCCCCGCAGAUGUGGGUGGGAUGGAGGAGACCCGGAUGAGGGCUUGCACGCUGCUCUCUAAGGUCUUCCUGCAGCACCUGUCUCCACUGCUGUCACUCUCUACCUUUGCUGCCCUGUGGCUGACCAUCUUGGACUUCAUGGACAAGUACAUGCACGCAGGUUCCAGUGACUUAUUGUCAGAGGCCAUCCCUGAGUCUCUGAAGAACAUGCUCCUCGUGAUGGACACAGCAGAAAUUUUCCACAGUGCAGACACCCGAGGAGGCAGCCCCUCGGCCCUCUGGGAGAUCACCUGGGAGCGGAUUGACUGUUUUCUGCCCCACCUAAGAGAUGAGCUCUUCAAGCAGACUGUCAUCCAGGACCCCAUGCCCAUGGAGCCUCAUGGCCAGAAACCUCUGGCCUCAGCCCACCUGACUCCUGCUGCUGGGGACACCAGGAUACCUGGCCAUCCACCUCCCCCAGAGAUGCCCUCUGAACUGGGGGCCUGUGACUUGGAGAAGCCCGAGGGCCCCCGCCCAGGCAACAGCAGCUCCCCUGGAUCACCAGUGGCGUGUAGCCCCAGCAGGCUGAGCCCUACCCCAGAUGGGCCUUCACCCCUGGCUCAGCCCCCACUGAUCCUGCAGCCCUUGGCCUCCCCACUACAGGUGGGCGUGCCACCCAUGACUCUGCCCAUUAUCCUCAACCCUGCUCUUAUUGAAGCCACCUCACCAGUGCCCCUCCUGGCCACACCCCGCCCUACGGACCCCAUGACCACCUCCGAGGUCAACUAAAACAGGCCCCUCAGAAAUCAGGACCAGGACUACCAGGCUGUCCCUGCCCCCACCUCCAGCCGUCCCAGGGGCCACAAAAUCUUCAGGCCCAGCCCAAGAUGUUGUCGCUGCUACUUGUAUGGGGACCUGAAAAAAAGAACUUUUGUAACCCUUCCUGGGACCCACAAUCAGGCUGCAGGACCUUCUUUUCUGCUCUCCAUUCUUGGGGGUCCAACCUGAGAGCACACUCAGGUAUCGCCUGCAGCCUGGCAGCUCUGGGGAGGCAUCACUGUGCCCGCCCUGCAGUGCCUGCCCUCGUGCCCCCCGCCCGUGGUCAGGCAUUGAGAGCCAAGCUAACCACUCUGCACUUUGUUUCCCUCUCCCAUCCCCGCUCCCAUCAGCCCUGGACCACCUCCUCCAGUUCUUCCUUUUUUAUUAAUUAGUUGGUCAGUUUGGAGAGAUGAUUGGCACCAUGGAAGGUGGGCAGAUGGGGCUGAAUGGGGGACUCCCCACAGGAGCAUGUACAUAUGGAAAAACAAGACAACAAUGUACUUUUUAUGAUGUAAUAAAUGUCUUAGUACCAUCA